AUGCCGCUGUCUAUGGCCUUGUUGUUUUUCCUUCUAAUCGUUUACCUGUCUUUCGAGGAACUUAGAAAUCUUCCUGGGAAAUGUGUGAUCAAUCUCUGUGGAGCAUUAUUGUGUUAUCAAGCACUUUUCCUAAGCACAGAAAAGUCAACGGAAGUCCCUAUCCUCUGUCAAGCAGUGGUCAUUUUACUUCAUUUCUUUGUUCGUUCUGCGUUUUCAUGGAUGACGGUUAUGGCCAAAGAUACAGCAAGUACCUUUACCACGACUGGUAAUUGGAAUCGUGAUAGAGAAACACAAACGAACACAAAUCCAGUACAUAAGUUUUUUUUUAAAGAAACAGGUGUGCGCCUUAGUUAUAAUUAGUUGCAAUUUGAAACAUUUUAUUUUCCAUCUAUGCAGUAAAAUCCGCAUCAUAUAGACUAUAGAGGAAAUCUUUCAUGAAGCGGAAAUUAGAUUCAGUAAGUCCGACUCUUCGAUUCACUCCAGUAAAAAUGAAACCACGCAAUAAAGCCUUCAGUAGGAAGAUUCCCGUGGGUGCCUAUUAGGGUUUCACUGAAUUUCUUCGAUCGAAAAAACUAAAAAGCUCCACAUCUGAAGAGUCUCUCUUUUGCUAAGUGUGUCACCAGUGCAUAAGAACGUUCCCUUACUUCUUGUGAAGAAGGUAAAAGGCUGUAGAAUUUCACUCAUAGAACGUAAAUAGAACAUAACUGCUGUUUUCACACAAUUUGAGAAAAAUACAACCUUGUACAACACACUAAUAUUCUACUAUAUAAAUUUGCCCAUCAAUGAGACUUUUCGUGGGAUAUUUCCAUUUCCCCUAGCUGAGCUUAUGUACACUCUUGGUGGAAAUGUUGCCAUAUUUUUUUUCGAGAGAAAAGUAAUUUUCUGGGUGGAAAGUCUUGUAAAUGUGAUAACCUUAGACUAGCCCCUAUAGGAAAAUAUUUCACCAUAAAUCCAUAAUCAUCUCCACUCAGUGACUCUCAGUGACACUCUUGGUAGCUUAUGGAGAGAUUGAAAGCGGAAGAAAAUGAAAUAUAGACAAGUAGGCAAUAUUGGAUUCCUUCUUUACGUAAUUAUCGUUUUGGUCUAACCUUUAACGAGGGAUAACCAGAUUCCUGUAACUGGUCAAUUCCUACCUAAUUUUCACUUUGAAAACUUUGUUUUUGAAACCAAAGAAGACUGCAUCUAUUACGUAAAAAAGACAUUUGAUAUUUACAUGAGGUUCUGUAUCCUUGACGGUUCUCUGGAUUUAAAUGACAGUGAUAUUGUUGCAACUCAUAGGGUAUGACAAAAAUUGAAAUGACGAUUAUUUUCACUUCUACAGAAGUUCCUUUCCAGUCUCAACUUUUGUUCAAUAAGAUACCGUUUUGAGGCAGAAAGCAGUUCCCUUUUGUCUAGUCUUCGUUGAAAUGGUUUAAAUAUAUUUUGCAAGAUAGCUUAGAUGCCCCUUUUCAUAUAUUUCUUGUUUCAGGGAAUUUGGUCUACUGCUGAAUAUCUGAUAAAACAGCAACGAUUGUUGUGAUGGUAACUCUUGUGACCGUCGCUUUGGUUUUCAAUAUCAUGUGCCUGACGAAGUGUUUUGUCGCAUUUCGCCGUUUACAGCAGGUAUGUGGGAUAAUGGCAGAGCAACUCCAUUUGAAUUUUCAGAGGUUUCAAUUCAUAUUUAUCGAGUGCUGGGUGAGAUAUCAGAGAGUAAUGGUGUUGUUUUUCUUCCUAGGUCUCUAACUUGGCAGCACCAAAUAGUUCUCGAGGUUCUCUGACUCUCAUCUACAUCAAACUAACCACAAUCAUGGGUUUGACUAGGAUUCUGGCGCUUGCCGCUAACUGGAAGCAAACUGGGCUCCUACAUUACCCUGCAACUGUGUUGAACUGCUUGCAAGGUAUCGUUUGAUAAAAACAAAGAAACAAAACAAAAAAAAAAGAAACAAACCAAAACCUGACAAUUGAUAAAGGGAACAAACACAGAGGAACUGUUCUUUGGAGAAUUAUUUUUAAAGGAAGCACUUCAUUCAUUUGAAUCCAACUUCGUUUUCUAUUCAUGUAUAAAUGUGUAUAGAUAUAAAAAAUGCUCCUAUGUCCUUUGUAUAUAUAUUGGUUCAACUUAAGGGUUAAUUUCAAUCGGGAACUUUUCCACUCUUAAGGUGUACCCCUGAACUACAUAUACCUUCGAAUCUAUUUGGGUUACUGGCGUACGUUUGCAGUGGAUUAAAUCUUUCAUGUAGUCGUAAGAUGUUGUUUAGUGUAAUCUUCGGUGGUUAUACCGAAAGGCAUUGUCCAGUGAGUGCGUUUAUAGAAUAGUGGUGGAUGAGAGGAUUUAGCUGGGCCUACGUUACUUUCAAACCGAUGAGGCUAAUUCAAAAAUGUUAUGAUUUCAGGGUUUUUCAUCACGUUGUCUUUCGUUACCACCAAAAGAGUCCGAGAUCUCUUUGAGAAAAGAUUUUUUAAACGAGGGAAUUGUAACCAC